AGAUGGCACCUGAUUAAUAUAGUAGUACAAUUGCACUUAUAUAGAGAUGGGCGGACCAUUAGUUUACUGACCAAAUGUACAUUGCAGAUGUUUUUUGGAAGUUAUGUAGCAGCUUUUACGUUUCAAAUCGUGUAUCACAUGAGACAAGUAACACCGCAGUCGUCUGCCAUCAGUCAAGAUACAAAAAACUACUCAGGAACAAAAAUUUUAUCCUUUCAACAACAUUAUAUGGAAUGUUUUCAUUGACCACAGUUGGCUACGAAGAUUUGUUUCCCUUGUUUGCUUCUACAAAUAUCAAAUACAAAGGAUUAGGUAUGAGCACAUCAGACAUUGGUUUAUUAUAUUUGAUUACUGGGUUUACAGUUAUUAUAAUUCAGUUUUCAAUUAUUCCCAAGAUAAUUGCUAAAUUUGGUUUAAAGAAGGUGUUUUCAGUAACAACAUUACUCUUUAGCAUUCUUGUGUUUUUGCUUCCAACCAUGGCGAAGAUAAAAACUAAGAUUGUGGAUAUCUUUAUGGAUAACUCAAUGCUUAAUAAGAUCUAUGUACAAUGCAGGAGUACUCUGUGUUAACAUAUUCAUAAAUAACUCGGUUGACUAUAAACAACUCGGAACAGCAAAUGGAGUAGGCUUAUCAGUAGCUUCAAUAGGGAGAUCUCUAGGUUCAUUGAGGUUUGGAAUGGCUUAUUCGUGAUCGCUAAGUAAUGAUAAACAUUUAAUUGGUUAUGGCUUUCCAUUCAACGAGUAUUUUACUUUUAUUCUUAUAUCAUUUUCCUCCCUCAUUGUGAUGAUUAUUGCUAGAUUACUUCCUGAAACUAUAAACAAGAAAAAAAGUGAACAAAAAACUAAAAAAGAAAUCAGUUAGAACAAACAUUGCCAUAUAAUUUAACAUAUUAUUAGUAUUUUUAUAAUUUUUUUGUUGUUGUUGUUUUGUCUUUGUUUUUGUUGCAAACUGCAUUUAGUUAAA